UGGCAAAAACCUAAAAAGAAUAAUAAAAAAGUUAAAAAAGUAACAUCAGGCUAGCUUCAUGGCCUGUUAAUUAAAGCAGUUGGAUCCCACAUGGCCGACUUCAUAGUUGGAGUUUGAGAGCUGGUGGCAUGAGAAGCACAUGCUAGGUAACCAUGGAGAAAGAGCUUCGGAGUACCAUUCUUUUUAAUGCCUACAAAAAGGAGAUAUUUACCACCAACAAUGGCUAUAAAUCCAUGCAGAAAAGACUUCGGAGUAAUUGGAAGAUUCAGAGCUUAAAAGAUGAAAUCACGUCUGAGAAGCUAAUUGGGGUGAAACUAUGGAUUACAGCUGGGCCAAGGGAAAAAUUUACGGCAGCUGAGUUUGAAGUCCUGAAGAAGUACCUUGACAGUGGUGGAGAUAUCCUUGUGAUGCUAGGAGAAGGUGGAGAAUCCAGAUUUGACACUAAUAUCAACUUUCUGCUAGAAGAAUAUGGAAUCAUGGUUAAUAAUGAUGCUGUGGUUAGAAAUGUGUAUUAUAAGUAUUUCCAUCCUAAAGAAGCUCUGGUUUCCAAUGGAGUCUUAAACAGGGAAAUUAGCCGAGCUGCAGGAAAGGCCGUGCCUGGAAUCAUCGAUGAGGAGAGCAGUGGAAACAAUGCCCAGGCUCUCACCUUUGUUUAUCCUUUUGGUGCAACGCUGAGUGUCAUGAAACCAGCAGUGGCUGUUCUGUCUACAGGUUCUGUCUGUUUCCCACUUAACAGACCCAUUCUGGCUUUCUACCACUCAAAGAAUGAAGGUGGGAAGCUGGCAGUGCUUGGCUCAUGUCACAUGUUCAGUGACCAAUAUUUGGAUAAAGAAGAAAACAGCAAAAUCAUGGAUGUUGUUUUCCAGUGGCUUACAACAGAGGACAUCCACCUAAACCAGAUUGAUGCUGAGGACCCAGAGAUUUCCGACUAUAUGAUGCUGCCUGAUACCACCACCCUGUCUGAGCGGCUUCGAGUGUGUCUCCAGGAGGGUGAUGAGAACCCACGGGACUUUACUACCCUCUUCGACCUGUCCAUUUCCCAGCUGGAUACCACAUCCCUCCCCAAGGUCAUCAAGGCUCACGAGCAGCUCAACGUGAAACAUGAA